GAUGCAGCACGGCAUGUUUAUACGAUUACGUUGCCAUAUCCGCCGCGUUUUUAAAUGUAGAAUGGUUGGAAAUAUAUAUAAUCGUGCUUCUAGAAGUUCUACUAGAAACAUUGAAUUUUUUGUAUCCGUUGUUUGCUUGUUAAUCAAAGUAUAAUUAUUAUAGUGUUAAAUCCACGACGAUGGCGGAACGAGGAGCACAUCUGACCACAGCAGUAGCAGCAGGUGAAGGCAGGCCCUCUAUUUUUGAAGUUUUAGCUCAGGACUCUUUGAUGAGUGUUGUUAAACCUGCCCUUCAACACGCCGUUAAAGUCCUCGCUGAAUCCAACCCAGCUCGUUAUGGAGUCCUCUGGAGGAAGUUUGAUGAGAUCUAUGCUGUCCUCGACCUUCUGCUGCAGCACCACUUCCUGCUGCGCACCAGCGCCUCCUUUUCAGAGAACUUCUACGGGCUAAAGCGCAUGGGCCCGGACGAAAGUAGACGUGUACAUCACGGCCUCGGCCGCAGGCGACAUCUGCGCUCUCUGCUUCUCCUAGUGCUCCUUCCUUACCUCCGAACCAAACUGGAGAAGGUGCUGUCUCGUCAGAGAGAUGAGGACGACUUCUCGAUACGGAUGCCCCAGUCCCUCACUGAGAAGAUGUACAGAGCCUUCUUGGCUGCAUAUCCUUAUGUUUGUAUGGCGUGGGACGGCUGGAGUUUUUGCCAUCAGUUGCUAUACAUUUUUGGCAACGCACGCACUCAUUCACCCCUGCUAUGGCUGGCGGGAGUCAAACUGUCCCAUCUGACGGCUCAGGACAUUCACAGCUUGGAUCUCAAGCCAGCAGGACAAGCACUGACCUCUAGCCAAAGCUUUGGAGGACGGCUGCAGCGCGUCUUUUCCAUGGUGGUUGGCAGCGUAGCUGUAUCCCUCUCCACCGGUCUCUCCAUGGGAGUGUUUUUCCUGCAGUUUUUGGAGUGGUGGUACUCGUCAGAGAACCAGACCACUAUGAAGUCUCUCACCUCUCUCCCUACACCUCCACCCCCGCUUCACCUGGAGGACCAGGAUGCUGUGCUGACACACAGCAAACUGUGCCCGCUUUGCAGGAAAGCACGCGGUAAUGACACAGCCCUGGCCACCUCAGGCUACGUUUUCUGUUACCGCUGCAUUUAUACGUACGUGAAGACUAACCACAGGUGUCCGCUAACAGGCUACCCGUCUGAACUACAGCACUUAAUUAAGAUCUAUUCUCCAGAAGCGUAGCUCAAACUAAUCAUGUGACCACACAUGCUGGGAAAUUGACUUUUUUUUUUUUUUUAGCUAGUCCGAUCACUUGACUCAACUUGCCAAAUGGCUCAUUGCCAUAUUUUAUAUAAAUCAGACAUUUGUGAUAUUA